AUGGUUGGUUUUUGGAGCCCAAUUCUUGGCUUCAUGCUCUACGUUGCAAAAAUCAUCGCAGAUCAGCCUCCCAACGCUGUCUGUCAAGACACCGGCAGAGAGAAGUUUGGAUGGGCUUUAAUUGGGCAUGACUACAAAAGCUCGACGGCUGAAAAUUUCGGUCAAUGUUUCUUUGACUGUACCUUAGAUGAACAAUGUCAGAGUGCUACGUUUCUCUGGAACACUAAGGAAUGCAAACUAAAGAAAGAGACAAAGAAGUCAAGGCCAAUGGAUAUGAAGGAAAAUCCAGCUGCUACUUACAUGGAGAAUCCUUUUCGAGGUAUUUUAAGAUACUUAAGAUUUUCCAAAAGCAAGCCAAUAGGCGUACUUCUUAAGGCUCUAGGUGAGGUUUACUAUUUAGCGUUUACUUUAGCAAUAUUUUGUACAAAAAUAUGAGCUAAAAAUGUUUAUAUAUACUGUUAUCAAAGGUAUUGCCCUUUUAUUGUUAGCUUAACUUUGAAAGACCAUACUGGAAUCUUAGGGUCGGUACACUCAUUCUGUCUUGCAUGAGACCAAGACCAUCUUUGCCAGCCCACGAUGGUGUCUUAACAUGUGUUAUGGGAUUGCGAAGCCGCUGGAAAAAACGACACAAUUAGUAUGCGUUCUCCUUUGUUGAACGCAACAAUGACGUCAGAAAUUUUUUUUAUAAUUUUACAAUAAACAGUUUUGGAUACAACUUGAUUACUUUUGCCACUGAGCCCAAAAAAUUCAAAGUAAAAAGUCCAACCAAAAGAAACUAGAGAGGAAAACUGAAAAGUCGAUACCAACUCCUCCGCAACAGGUUCUAUGGUUUAACAGUCAUAGUGUUAAUUAUCUUUUACUGUUUUAUUGUAGCUAAAAAAGGCUCAAAAGCCUCGAUUCCAGGCUCGUCCUGUAAAGACAUUUUAGCAAGCGGUGACUCUCAGGGAAAUGGUGGAUACUGGAUUGACCCCACUGAUUCAGGGAAUCCUUUCCCUGUUUAUUGUGACAUGAAUACUGACAGAGGUAACGUUUUAUAUUCUCGAGAAAUUUUAAACGGAAUAGACCGAUUGCAAGUAUGGCGACGAUUUUACCAAAGCGAGACUUUUCGGUAGCAACCGUUGCUAGGGGCUGGUUGCCUGAGUUUACCUGUGCCGUUGCUGGAAAGCCUGCAGCUUCUCAGGCGUCUUUUUCCCUAAAUUCGACAAAAAUAAGUCAGUUUUCUUCGCUGAAAGAGGCUUCAAUCUGGUAUGUACGCCUGGAAUACUGUUUUUCUAUGCUAAAUUGAACGAUCAACUGACGCUCAGCGAUCACAGAGAGAGUCAUUUGCAGCGAUCGCGAUACUUUGACUGCCUGACAUUUUUCAUUCAUUGUAUUUAAGGUUCACUUGUAGGCUUAAAUAUUAUCAUUCCAAAAGCUGAUCUUUUAGAAUUGGAUUGUAUGCCAUUUUUGCUGUACAUUUAUAAAUAGUGAAACAUGCCGGAUAGUUGGUGCGUGCCUUUGUGCUGCAAGAGUGGUUAUCGUGUAGGGCGGGAUGGGAAAAGAUCACGUAUCAUUGCCUCCCAACAGAUGCUGUAGGACUGAAGGUACUACUUUCAAAAUUCUCGUUCAUUAAACCUAUCGUUUCAGAUUUCUGAUAUAUUUCUCGAUACGACUUAUAUUUCAGGAGUGGCUUGUGAAAAUUAACGAGACGUAUCUCCAGCAUUUCAGAUAACUGAAAAAACUAAAAUCUGCUUCUUGCAUUUCAAGAUAAGUGAGUUUCGUGUAUCCUUAACUGGUCGACGAUGAUGCUAUUCCCUCUAUCUUUUCAUGGUUGGCAGCAUCCCCUAAGGAAAAUCACCACGUAAGAGGACACCGAGCCAUUCCAUAGCUCAUGGCCAGAAGCCAUCCUGCAGUAGUAAAAAUGACCGCAACUCGAAAAGUGAUGUGAAUCAAAUUAGCGAGUUGCACACACACGUUGCUCAACUUAAACAAGAAAAGAACAUACUCCAAAUUCACAAUAACUUCACUCUGCACAAAAAAAUCAACAAGGGACGCCUAUUUAAACUUGCAAUCACUUAGACAGGAAAAAAUAAUGAGACAAAAGACAAAGGUGCAUUAAAGUUUUCUAGUCUAUUUGAUCAUAUAAAACAGAGGGCUGCUCACUUUGCAACAAGUUCGGCCCUUCACUGUUAAUUUUUUCAGGCUCACUUUCUUCCUUAAAAGGAUUUACUUUAAUUCCUUCACAUGCAUCUUUUCCACAGGUCUAUCCAUUAUCAACUGCUUAACAAACAGUGAAAGUCUAAGACAAUUUCAAGAAGUUCAGGGUCAAAGUCGGUAAUGUAAUAUCAAUUCACACAUAAGUUCAUCGCAAUUGUGAUUUUUCGUAUCAUCUAUACGUUCAGAUUUAUCUCAAAGAACUGACAGUGACUUCUUCUUGAAAGUUUUCUAUUGUUUCCAGAGUGAAAAAAAAAAAACAAGAUAACGGACUCGCAUUAGCAUGUAAACAAGCGACCAGCCCUUAGCAGCGGUUGCUAGCGAAAAGCCUCGCUUUGAUGAGAUCGUCGCUAUAUUUACAAUCGGUCUAUAAAAGCCAGUCUUUUAAAGAUUAACAUUAAGAUAACGCGUUUGCCACGAUGACUUUACACUUUAAACAGUGCGCUCUUCUGGCAGUUUAAAUGACAAAGGAAAUACUAUAUGUAGAAAGGAAAUUUCACUGGACCGCACCCUUGCAAUUCAGCAAUUUUUUCCCAUAAAAUACCCGAUAAGUUCGCAGAAUCAUAUAAUCUUUGUCAUAUUUGUUUAUCACCUCAAAAUUGUCUUUCCAGCCGAUUUCCUCGUGUCUCUUUAUCUUAAUUGUAUCCUGAUGGUAUUAAACAAGUCACGUGACUGCAAGCUGCAAAGGGCCUAUUAAUUUAUUAGCACAUUGUAAAAUUAUAGCUGAGCAGUUCUGAUCGGACAGUUUAGUGUUCAGUAUCGUGGGAUAUUUUACGAGUCAAGCAGUCUCCCCACCGCGUCUCGCCUUUCUCGCGUGGGGUGAUUUUCACGCGCGCUCGCGUUUCACUCACUCUUCUUUCCCUGAGGAAAAAUGGGGGACUACUCGAAGUCUACCCACGUAGCGUCUAGUGAGCUAAAAAGCUCGUUCAAAAUACGUACGUGCUAAACACUAAACCGUCCAAUAAGGAUUCAUUAUUCAACUUUAUGAGAAUAUAGAACUCAGUAUAUUCUCGUGGAGCACAAAUACCGUGAAUAUUUGUACUUGUUUUGAGUGUUAUUUGUACUCUGCUGAGUGAAGUUGAAUGAUAAAAUGUAUUGUUAUAUUCCUAGACUUUCACUCAGCUAAACAGGGAAUGCCAUUGGUUGAUUCUUGGUCACGUGGCCUUGACUAAACUCAAAUGUAUCCCGAUUGUGAUAUAUUAAGCAAUGAACCCCGCUCGGGAUACAUUACAGCACGUGAUCAAAGCAUAUUGGAAAGUGGCUUGACAGAAGGCGGGAAAAACACCGCCAGUUUUCUUUUUCGUGAAUGAACACAACAACACAACCAGGAAGCCUGAAGCUAAAAGCGAUUUUCAAAGUUAUCCCGGAAGAGAAACAGCAGGUAGUGCAGGAAAAAGAUGCAGAUAAUAUAAGGAAAGUACUUUGCAAAUCAUUCAUUCAGUGGUUUUGAGAAUGAAAUUUGGGUUCUUAUAAGUGCCGAGUCGACUGUUUUCGUUCGCUCCGGUUAUUCUUUUGUUGCUGUUGAAGUGAAAGUCUAGAAAUAUAACAAAACACUCAAUGCCAGGUCCCUCGGGAAACCAAUUAGUUUUGUUUUCCCUCGAGUCCUGAUGUUUCCGGAAAACAAAACUAGCUGUUUCCCUCGGGAUCUGACAUUAAGUGUAUAAUAUUUCUAGGUGAUAGUACUACUAUCAGCCAGAGUAUUACAAGUUUUUACUAACUUCUUCCUAUUACCCAUUGUUUCAGGUGGAUGGCUUCUAAUCUCUCGCUUUAUUAUGGAAACGUUAAAUUCAUCAAACGAUAGCUCAACCGAGUCGGAUUCUUAUAGGGCAAUUCUUCCAGCAUACACUUCUAACAACCAAUACCUGCUGAGAAGUGGCUUCAAUCAGUUGAAACAAGAUAUGGGCUUCACGCAGAUCCGUUUCUAUUGCUUCAAAAACGCAACAGGCCGAGCAUUUCACAUCAUGACCAACGAAGAUACCAAUGGGACAAACGUGGUGAAUUUUUUUACCACUUCUGAUAACAUUCCCGUAGCUUGUGGAUCCUUUACACGCCUUCCAGAUGACAACUCAUCUCUCGCCGUCAACUGCGACAAGUGGGGUCAACCGACUAAAAAUCGGUGGGGACAUGCAUCGAAGUUAACAAAUGACCGCCUUUUUCUUAGGCCCUUAACAUGGUCACUUACUCGGUUUUAUCGCCUAAAAGGAGGUUCAAGAUAUCAGUGUGACGACAAAACGUUUCCCCUAUCAGUUGGUGACAUUUGGCAAGUCUUUGUGCGAUAA